AGCUAGUACCCACAUAGUUGAGAAGCAGGGUGUUUCUUAUUCCUCAAAUCAAUUAAAAGAAGAGUGCAGUGGCCAUGUCUCAUUAUUUAGUUGCAUCGUCGCUUCAUCCUCGCUCUUAUUUUUAUUUUUAUUAUUAUUAAUCUUCCAUUAAAAUAAAUUGGAAGUUCUCGCCAUGGAAUACUCUUACCCGCCGCUGCAACAACCUGCUACAUACACGGCCGAGCAAGUUGAAGAUGUCAGAAAAAAUCGCAUUGCAGAGGUGAGGCGGCUCAUUGUAAUGAUGGUGUGUGCGGGUGUCUUCUUUGCAUUAGCCCUUGCCGGUCUCUUGGGGUAUCUUUUCUACCGUGAGUUAAACAAUUCAACUAUUUAUGUUCGCCAAUUCAGAUGGUAUUUUGGUCUUCUUGUUGGACUUGUAAUAUUUGACAUAAUAGGCACUGUGCUUGGCGUCAGGCAGAUGAGGCGGAAAUUGAGCUGGCUCGAAAAUCUGCAGACCCCCCCUCAGCUUAUCAUGGAUGGCAGAUAUUCGAAUGUUUUUAAAUACCAACGGCCCCAGGCGUACCCUGAGCCCAAUUAUGCACCACAACAGGGUCCUCCCACCUAUUAUCAUCAGGUUCACAGUGUAAAUAACAAUACCGCGUACAUGUCGCUAUUAUCAGCAUCGUCGGCGCAAGCUUUAGUUGGAGGCCCUCCUGCCCUUCCGGAAAAAGCAGUGACUUGAAUUUUUUAUUAGAUAGUUCAUGUUUUCCACAAUCUCAUAUUUUAGCUAAAACAAUAGAAAUGUUCGAUUAAUGCCAA